UUGCCACACAGAUCGGCUGGCCCGCCUGCAUCGAUCUCACAUACAACAGCAGGGAACUUUGUUCCAGAUCCUCCAAGUACAGAAAAUCCAAACGUUCCAUUGGGGUUACUAGCCGUUGUCUGCCGCUCCAACUCCACACUCUUCACCUCCAUAGCCAUGUUGCCUACUUCUCAAAAGGACCAUCCGAUGGUCGAACUUACUUUCGAACACAUCAGUUUCAACGAGAGUCUGUGAUUCCUGUAGUAAAAUAGCUACGUCCGAAGGCAGGGUUUAGAACAUAGUUACAUACGUAGAUCUAAAAAGUGUUUUUAACGGCCAGACUCCGGAUACGCCCCCGUGAUCUUCUGCGCAUGUGUACGUACGUGUACGUGUGCUUUUUGACGCGUGGAAGAAAUCUGUCAGGCGAAAGGUACGUACGGAAGUAGAAAUCUGUGGGAUUCGCGGAGUACGCCAUAAUGGCCAGACGUAAGAAGACUGCACAACAAGAAGAGAACGUCUCCUUGGGUCCUCAAGUUCCUGAGGGGGAGGAAGUGUUUGGAGUUUGCCACAUUUUCGCUAGUUUCAAUGACACCUUCGUUCACGUUACAGACCUCUCUGGACGUGAGACCAUUGCUCGGGUGACUGGUGGAAUGAAAGUCAAGGCUGACAGAGAUGAGGCCAGUCCCUACGCUGCAAUGCUUGCUGCACAGGAUGUAGCAGCAUUAUGUAAAGAGAGGGGCAUAACUGCACUGCAUAUCAAGAUGAGAGCUAGUGGGGGAACCAAAACGAAGACUCUAGGUCCUGGAGCCCAAAGUGCAUUGAGAGCCCUGGCUAGAGCCAAUAUGAAAAUCGGAAGAAUUGAGGAUGUGACUCCAAUACCAUCAGACAGUACAAGGAGAAAGGGUGGUCGCAGGGGACGCCGUCUGUAAACUGGAUUAAAUUGUGUGGUGCAUUGCUUGAAUGUCACAGUAAUGUGCUGCGUAUAUUGGGCAAUGUUGCUGUUAAUGAUAUAUGUACUGCAAAUUUUUAUUAAACUCUCGGUGCGCAUGCACAGCGAGGGUUACUGUGUACUUGGUGUGUCUGUAGUCAAUGUAUAAUGUCGACAUUUAUUCAGGAAUUAUGGCCGUGAGCGAACUGCCAAGCCAUAGAGAAGAUAGAUU